AUGAACGCGCGUCGUACUCACUCUCACGCGAAACACUCAUUCUUCGGCCCUUCUGUACUCGACCCUGCAUCGGCCGACAUCACCACGUGUGCUGUUCAUUCCAAUACUGCCAGCAUUAACUUGGGUCCUGGCGCCGGCGAGCGUAACGCUCGGACUCAGCUGCUCGAUCCCCGUGUCACUCUUGACCCACCUACGUUCAUCUGCAUGAUCGUGAUCGGUUGGCUGUGA